UCGGUCCCAUUCUCCGGGUAGUUUAUCAGGUAUCCAUGUGAUCAACCCAAAGUAAGGACCGGAAAUGGUGUUGGGACCUAAACCGGAAGACGGAAGUGGGUUUGUGGUGGACGUGUUCAGGGGAACCGGGAGCCGGCGGGACCGAGCUAUGGAGCCGCUGUACCAGCAGACCCACAAGCAGGUCCAUGAAAUCCAGUCUCAUAUGGGACGCCUGGAGACGUCAGACAAGGAGUCUGUGCACCUAGUAGAAAAUGAAAUCCAAGCAAGGAUAGACCAGAUAUUCAGCAGCCUGGAACGCCUGGAGAUUUUGUCCAGCAAAGAGCCCCCUAAUAAGCGCCAGAACGCCAAACUCCGGGUUGACCAGUUAAAAUAUGAUGUACAGCACUUGCAGACUGCAUUGAGGAACUUCCAACAUCGGCGAUAUGCAAGGGAGCAACAGGAGAGACAGCGAGAAGAGCUUCUGGCAAGAACCUUCACCACAAAUGACUCUGAUACUACCAUACCCAUGGAUGAAUCACUGCAGUUUAAUUCCUCCCUCCAGAAAGUUCACCACGGCAUGGAUGACCUCAUUGGAGGCGGGCACAGUAUUCUGGAGGGACUGAGGGCCCAGAGAAUGACCCUAAAGGGCACUCAGAAGAAGAUCCUGGAUAUUGCUAACACGCUGGGGUUAUCCAACACUGUCAUGCGACUUAUUGAGAAGCGGGCUUUCCAAGACAAGUACUUGAUGAUAGGUGGGAUGCUUCUCACCUGUGUGAUCAUGUUUCUGGUGGUGCAGUAUCUGACAUGAGCAAGCAGAGCCCAAUGACUGGAAAGUGUUUCCAUUGCACGCGUCAGUGUGUGUGCGCGCGUGCAUGUGUGUGUGUGUGUGUGUGAAUGACAGAGCGCCUGCCUGCCUGCCUUUUGAGAUAUACUGCCUAUCAUAACUGUGAAUGCCACUUCAGAAGAAUUUUCAUCUAUAAUCCAGCAGGAGUUUCAAAACAGUUCUAGUUUUCUUUAACCCCAUGGAGGGGAAAGCCAAGACCACUCAAGAAGCUUUGUUGGGAACCAAGUAACUAACCUCUUUCACCUUGAUCUUGAGGAAGAAAAAAAAAGUGAAAUGCUUUGAUGAUUUUAUCCACACAGCGUGUUUUGUGUCUGAAGAAUCUGAAGAUAUUAGCCUUAUUGACAAAAAGGCUCAAAUACUUGUGACAAUUAGCCAUGUGGAACAGGAUUGGAGGUAGAGCGAGUGAUCAGUGAACAGAUUGGAACAGGUACCUCUUCCAAAGUCCAUAAGGGAAAAAUUUGAUAUCUAUUCCAUACACCAGUUGCAAGAAGAUUAAUACACCUGCUUUUUGCCUCUCACCCAACUGUUGCUUUCCUCCUCCAACUUUCCCCUAUCCCUUACUCCCAAAAAAUAAGUGUACAGAUUGAACCCACCCUGCUAGCAGGGCAGCCUAGUACUUUCUAGCAUUCCUCUUGGAGUCAUUAACCAUAAACAUGGGAAGAAUGGGGGGGGGAAAUGAAGAUACUGUUAACAGUGAGUUAAUUUUUACACAUUAGAGUUUUACAGUGUUUUCCUUUUUAAAAUGAAACUAAUAUUUGGGAUUAUUGGAUUUAAGAUCGAAGAUUUUAGUAUUCUGAUUUAUAUAUAAAGAAUGGUUUUUGUUUUACUCGAUUUUUGGAGUUCAAAGUAUACCACAUGGAAAGCACUUUUCCAAAGUUCUCCCUUCCAUUCUCUCUUCCUUUGGAGCCACAGAAGUGGGAUUGGAAGGCAUAAUCUGAGCACAGAAUAAUUUACCUAUUUCAGAUUAUUUUUGAUCUUGUAACAGCACCAAUUUACCUACAGUCUUCUUCCCUAAGAUAUGUUAAUAGCAGCCAGUGGCUCUGAAUCUCAUGGUAGGGUAGAUUUGUCUUGGGCCCGAUUUAAGGGGAUUUAUUGUUGAAGUUUCACAGCAAAAAUUUCCCUAAAGAGGUAGAUAGCCUCUUCCAAGGCUGUAUAGCCUUAUAGCAAGGUUUUAACCUACUUUUUUAAUUCAUUGUCCUAUAACUAUAUCUUUGUCAGUCCUCUUUCUACUAUUACCUGUACUAUUUAAUUGCCUCUUCUCUAAUUUUUUUCUUUUCGGUUCAGUUCUCUUCCUUGUAUUUUGUCCUCAGCUUGCUUCUGUAAAUAUAUCUUCAUCUCUUCAGUAUAUGUAUGGGACCACUCUUGUGAUGAAAACCAUUAGUUUUUAAGUGACACAGAUUUGUAAAACUCUGCAAUGAGGGCCAUGCACAGGUUAAAUACUAGUUUGUCUACCAGUUGUCCAACUGGUGGACAGACUACCAACAGAUGAUGGUCUCUGGAGUUACCUAUGCCAGGAAGUCUUCAGGUUCUAAAGGAAGGAAAUAGCCCUUCAGAUUGGGAACCUAGCUAAAGAGAUGGAAAUGCCACUUGAGACAGUAGAUGUUGAUGAGCUCCUUAGAACUGAAGACUUUUGCCAUUUUGCAGAAGGGCCCUUUGAAAUGCUUAGAUUUCAGACUCCAGGCCUCCUAGAAGCCCCAUCCUCUGGAUUUGCUGAGAUCAUCAGACUGCUUUGAUGAGAAUUUUAAAUUAUGGUAUAGAUGUGUAAGCCUUUUCUGGGCAUAGAACCUGGCAGUGUGAGAAAUCCCCAGGCCUCCACACUCUUUGUAAUUGCAGUGAUUUUCGUCUGCACCAUGAGGUUUACUUAAAAUCUAGACCUGACAGUGCACAAGUGGGUGUGUGUGACUUGAGGGGCAGAAUGACCUCAAUAGCCAUUUCUGAUUGCCUGUGGUAAAACAAUACUGAGGGAAGAAUGUUGUCAGAAGCUCACUGGGAUGCAUCCCUCUCCACCCAUUAACUACCUCUGAAAAGCUAGCAGGAUGGUUUUCUUUUAUACCCACCAGCAACAUUGUUCCUGAUAUACCAGUGGCCCUGUUCUUGUGAGCUUGGGCUUUUUGCUGGGGAUGGAGCACCCUCUAGUGGAACAGAAAAAUUCUGCUUUGGGAGACCAGCAACUGAGGAAGGGUCUGUCUUAGUCUGUACAGGAAUUUUGUGAUAUCAGUUCUUCUUUCAAAUAAUUGGGCUCUCAGAAAUAUCAACCUGGAAAUGUUUCCAAACUAAGAAAAAAAAAAAAGUGGAGGGAGCAGUGGCUCAUAAUUGGUAUUAUAAAUUAAUUCUUUGCUUUACAAAAAUGAUUCUCUAAGAAUCAGAACACCUGAGAUCUAAACCUGGUUUUGCCAUUCACUAGCUGUGUAUGUCUUCAACCUUUCUGAGCCCAGUUUCCUCUUUUCUAGAAUGAGUUUGAAUGGAUCUCUGAGGACCCUUAAAACUCUAGAAUUCUGUUUCUAUGAAAUGGCUUAUUCCUGUACUAAAUUUAAAAUACAUUUGUUAAAUGAGAGAAUAGGAGUAGAUAAUCAGAUAGGAAUACAAGCCAUCUGUAAUAUUCUAUGGUUUCAGAUUUGGUUGUCAGACAUUGGAUUUAUAACUAAUAUUUCAGUUUAAUAAAAUGAGUUAUGCCUAAAAAAUUGUAUUUCUUAUAAAGGAAUCUGACUGACAUUGUUACUGUUAGUGACCAAGACACAGAAUUACAGACUGUCUCAUGUGGAAGGGAUGUUAAAGAUCCUCUAUCCUAAAGGUUCUUAAACUGGGAUCUGUAAUCCUUUGGGGAAAAAAAAAAGGUAAAUUUUAUUUUAAUAUAAUGGAUUUCCUUUGAAAUCCCAUUUUGUUUUAUGCACUUAAAUACAUUAUUCUGAGAAGGAUUACAUAGGUUUUUACCAGAUUGCCAAAAAAAGGUCUAUAAUAUUACAAAAGGGUUACCAUCUCUGACUUCCCACUCUCAUCUAGUCCAUCUUCCUUUUUUUUUUUUUUUUUUUUUUUUUUUUGGUGAGAAGAUGAAACUUAAAUUCUCAUGUUCAAAUGGAGAGAACACUGUAGUCAUGCGUUUUGUUGCUCUGUACAUUUUAUUAGUAAUUAAUUACCUUCUUUGUAUCCGAGAUGUCAGCACAUGAAAAUAUUUGCUAAGGUGGCCUCUUGCUGUGAAAAAAACCCAAAAUUUGUGGAAAUUAGUAGUAACUUACAGGGGACUUGUAAUUAAGUCAGUACCUCUUCUUUAAUCUAGGAAGCCAAGGCGGAGCCAAACAUCAUUCUUGAAUUUUCCACCUGUGGAUGUUGGGUCUUUAACCAGGGCUAUAUAAGAAAUAAUACUAUAAAAUGAGAGUGGAUAUAUGA